AUGAAGCUCUCGUCCAUCUUCGCGGCCGUUGUUACCGCCCUCGCUACCACCGUUGUAGCCGCCCCCCUGGCCAAGCGUGACGGAGCUGCUGUUGUCAACGCUGUCUCUACCAUAUCCCAGCAGAUCACCGACCUCGACAAUGUCGUCAAGACCUACAACGGCGGAUUCAUCACUCCUAUCAAGAUCCAAACCAAGACUAGCAAGUUGACCUCAGGCCUCAAGGACGCUAUCAAGACCGUCCAGGAAUCUGCCAAGUUCAACGACCAGGAGUCCCAGGCAGUGGCCACCGCAUUCGUCCAGCUUAAGCCAAAGAUCGAUACUGUGCUUGCCUCCCUCGUUAGCAAGCAGCCUAUCUUCAAGAAGGGCAUCCUCGGCAUCAUCCCACUCGACUGGCUGGUGAAAAUCAACCUCAAGAAGCAAAAGGAUCUCUCGGCCAAGUUGGGAGAUGAGACGGUGCUCAAGCUGAAUGAGCAGUUCGCCAAGUUGGCUCCUUUGAUCAACAAUGCCAUUGCUGAGGCUUUUACGAAGGCAAUUGCUGCAUUCUCCUGA